AUGAAGGCAGGUGGGAUCUAUCUAUAUGCAAACCAGCAAGCAUGUGACGGAGACAGACUCUACUAUGAUGGCAGUGCCAUGAUCUUCCAAACUGGCUCAUUACUAGCUCAAAGGUCGCAAUUCAGCCUCAGCGACGUCGAAGUGAUCACAGCGACCUGCGACAUUGAAGGCACCAAAGGGGUCAAGUUUUCCGUUCCUCAUUUCAACAAGUGA